AUGUUAUGCAUUGUUUGUCAUGCCUUGAAUAUAUUGAAUAUGUUCUCGAGUGAUCCAAGUAGUGUUAGCAAUUUCCUUCCCGACAAAGACCGUCGCAGACAGGAGUUAAUGUCGUACCUGGUGCAUACUACUCAGUGUCGUGACAUUAUUCGGAUGGGUCCAGAGGCAUUUAUUAAUCUUUGUGACAGAUUAAGAUCAACUGGGUUAGUUAAAGACGUCAUUCGGUCUACAGUGGAGGAACAAGUAGCUCGAUUUCUUUAUAUAGUUGGGCAUAAUGUCAAGAAUCGGAGUGUCGCAUUUUUCUUUCAUCGAUCUGGGGCGACGCCAUCAGGAGAUGAGGUUCAUCCAUAUGUGUUGAACAACAGUCGAUUUUAUCCUUACUUCAAGGAUUGCUUAGGGGCCAUAGAUGGUACUCACGUUCGUGUAAGGGUGCCAAGAGAAGAUGCUCCAAGAUUUCGUGGUAGAAAAGAUUGGCCAACUCAAAAUGUGUUUGCCGCAUGUGACUUUGAUAUGAAAUUCACAUACGUUCUAGCUGGGUGGGAAGGCACAGCAUCUGAUUCUAGAAUCUUAAAAAAUGCUCUUGAUCGAGAUGAUCCGAAAAUAUAUCUCGGCGACGCUGGAUUUAUGCUGAAAAGUACGGUUAUGACACCAUAUAGAGGCGUCAGAUAUCACCUUAAAGAAUUUUCUCGCAGAGGACCACAAAAUGCACGAGAGCUCUUUAACCAUCGACAUUCAUCACUCAGAAAUGUUAUUGAAAGAACAUUUGGUGUAUUGAAGAAACGGUUCUCUAUCAUUGCAAGUGGCACUGAACCACAUUAUGAAUUGGAGACGAUGACGGAUAUUAUUUUGGCUUGUUGUAUCCUACACAACUUUAUCCGUGGAGUUGAUAGGGAUGACCCAUUGCUUAAUGAGGUUGAUAACGAGUUAAAUGAAAGGGAAGAGCAGAAUGUGUCAUCCUCUCAAGUUCGUGAAUAUGAUUAUAGGGUUGGUAGUAUUAUUAGGGAUGCCAUAGCGGAUCAAAUGUGGCGAGAUUAUCAAAAUUCUUAG